AAGACAAAACCUCCUUUCAAAAUGUUCCCAUGAGUUGGAAAUGAAGCGGAUGGACGGAAAAAGAUGCUAAAAUGAGUUUUAUGAUUCAAGAUUCACCAACUUCAAGGUAUAACCAACAAAAUCGUCCAGGAAGUGCCAGAAGACGACCUGGGAGCUCUAUCAAUCCUAUAACAGGAGAAGAAACACCUGUAUACAGACCACCAUCUAGACCACAAUCAAGACCACCAACAAGACCGUUCAGUCUAAGACCGGAAGGAGUUCCAGAACUUGAUCUGCAUUGCUUUAAAGCUGAGCCAAAGACAGUACUUCCAGAGCAGUAUGAUUAUGUUUUAGAUUCUGGUAGAUCAGGAGUAUCCACAGUUAGUUGGGGAACAGACACUGAAAGGAGCUACAGAGAUUUUCAGGAAAACGAUACAGGACGAGGUUACCAAGGCUACCAAGCAUCAGCUAGAUCAGCAAGGAACAAUAUUGAGAAAGACUUUAAGCACCUAAAAUUAAAAACUGAAGAUGAUAUUAAACCAGUAAAGAAAAAGACCUAUGGAGAGAUAAGGAAAGAGGUUGAGGAAGAGGAGGACUACUUAGAUCAGAACUGGUCUAAAAGGAAACCAGCCUCAAAAGCAGAAAUGCUGAAAAAGAUGGAUGCUGAGGAGCUCUUGGAACAUAAUAAGCAACAGAAACUUAUUGAAACAGUUAUGAUUGAUCAACUUUCAAGACCUGUUAUAAGUGAUCCAGACCAAGAUAGCAGAAUUAGUGUACCAGUGUCAGAGAGGUAUCAUAGAGGGAGUCAAAGAAUGUUACAUGCAUCAAAAAUUAGAACUAAGAAUACAACAACUGAAAAUAUGUUAUCAAAGAGAGUAAGAUUUGGAGCUAGAAUUUUAACAAGAAAUGGACAUGAUGCUAUGAGAGAACUUACUGGAUUUUUCUUUCACUUUGACAACACACUUACUAUUUAUGAAUUCAGACAGUUUGGUAAAAGUGCUAAAGCUUUGCCAUUUGUCACACGAGGAAGGUAUGGUCACAUACAGGGACCAAGAGAAGAUGAACCAUAUAAUUUAAUGGAUAUUUUUUCUGGUAAUGAAAUUAUAAUUGAUACAAGAGGACAACAUUCUCUGCCAGAUACAGUGAAGAAGAGAGACAGGGUUUACUUCAAAAUUACUGACGUUGAUGAGGAAGAAAAACAAAUUCUUUUACAAGAGGAGACAUACAGAUCUCAAAACAAACAAGAAAUGAUAAAUAGAAGAAUUCUAGAUGGUGUACAAGAGGAAGUGAGAGAGAGAUUGAAAAAGAGAGGAAUAAAAACAGUGACUGGUUUAGGGAGAUAUUACAGAAAACUGGAUAAAACAGGUUCCGGAGUACUGUACAAGUUUGAACUGGAGAAAGGAUUGUUUACAUUUCAUAUAGAGCUACCUCCUCAGGAUUUAGACCAAGCGUUUGAUGUGUUAGAUCCUGAUGAGACAGGAGAAUUAGAUUAUAGCGUCUACAUGAGAGGUGUUAUAGGGCAGAUGGUUGAAUCUCGUAAAAAUCUAGUCAGGAAGGCCUUUAGAAAAAUAGAUUCACAGAAAAGAGGAGUGAUUACCGUUAGUGAGAUCAAGAAAUAUUUCAAUGCUAGUUUUCAGCCUCCUUAUAAACAAGGUGCUACCCCUGGUGUUAGUAGUUUGAAGGCUUUUUUGGAAGCAAUAACAUCGUCUCCAGACCAAGAAGAAAUAACUUAUGUAGAAUUUGAAGAAUAUUAUGAAGGACUUAGUAUCAGUGUAGAUGACAAUAAUGAAUUUGCAAAUAUACUACACAAUACAUGGAACAUAUGAUUAUGAUUGGUUUAAAAGUUGGAAAAUUAGCCAUCAACAUAUUAUCAAUAUUUUUUUGUUUAUUUUUUGAAAUUUUUAAUCUUUCAUAAAUGGGAGCUGAAAUAUAAGAAAAAGUUAUUUACACUUGUAAAUGGAUUAUAUGGAAAAAAAUGCUUUUUCUUUUCAUUUGUAUGGGUUACAAGUAUUUUGAAAAAGACAAAAUUUGUAAUCAACUGAUAAUCCAAGUUCACAGUCAUGUUGUUGAUCUUACCAAUUAAUAAGAUGAAUGGCAUUUGUUGCCAUCCCUUCAUGAAAUUGUGUCAUAUAAUUUUUUCAAUCUGUCAGUCAUCUUUGUUCUAGGCAUUAAGGUCAAAUUUCUAUAAAUGGUUGCAAAUGAUAUUUAAAAGUCUUGUUUUCAAAACAAAUGCGUUUCUGAUUCUUCUGGAAUUUUUGUCUUAUAAUGCAGUUCAUUUUAGAAAGAAAACUGAAUGAGAAAAUAAGAUAGCAACAUUUUGAAACACUUUUUAAUGUUAAACGUUGAUUUCCUUUACACACUGUUGAUUUAUGUCAAAAUAUUUUUUCUGCAAAAUUAUAAAUCUCACAAGCUUUUUUACACAUUUUAAAACAUUCCUUUAUAUUUGUUAUGCUUUUAGUAAGAAAUUUAUAUUAAAGCACUGUGAUAAAACAUUGACCAUGUAUAUUUGUAUAUUGUUAUUCUUUUAUUCAAUAUUAUUGUAGAUGAUUGUGGUCAUAUUUCAUGCUUAACAAAAACUCAACAUUAGGAUUGUAUAGUUUAUAUAAUGUUUUGUGCUUUUUGCGAGAAAUAUUGUAGUUAUGGGUUUUUUUUUUUACACUAACUGCUGAUGGAGACCAUUUUACUAUCAUUGGUGAAUAAAUUUCAUUCAAUUGGACAAAUUAUUAUCUGUAAAUAAGUAUGAUUUAUUUAUAUUCUUAUGGUGAUUAAAUAUGAAUCUGGACAGUGUCAAAAAGUAGAAUAACAAAAAUACCGAACUCCAAGGGAAAUUCAAAACCGAAAUUCCUUUGAUUUUGAUUUAGUUGUACAACCAUGAUUUACCCAUAACCCUGAUUCAUAUACUUAGUUAUAUGAAAGUAUCAAGAUUUUUUUUUUGGUAAAGAUACAAAAUAACCAUAGAGUUUUGAUAAUAGUUUUAUUCUUUAAAUCUGCAUAUUUCUGGAUUGUUUUAUAACAAAUAUAUAUGAUGUAAAUUGAGUUGAUCUCCCCUGAUUUAAAUAGUUUUUCAUUCAUUUCUAUAUAGACAAAGUUCACAAAUUUGGUUCUUUAGUACAAAAUUAACAUUGUUUUUGGUUUUAUUUAGCAAUUCCAUUUUAAAUUUUACAUUUUCAGAUUGGUUGGGAUUUCCUGAUUAUGAUUUUUUCCAGUGUCUAAUUCCUAAAAAUGCUCAUCGUUACAGCAAAAACAAAAUAUGUUUGAACUUCUUUUCUUGCAUAUGAAUUCAGAAAAAAAAUGUCAAAUAUUGGAAUUAGAAUUGCUUAGGCUUACUAAUGUCAAUCUGGGUAGUUUCGCCUAAAUCAAGUAAAUAUUGAUUCCAAUACCUAAAAAAUUGUGGAAUAGCUCCCAAAACCUAUAUAUUUUUUUGAUGCGACUGCUAAAAGAGGGUCUAUAUGGGGUUUACAGAAUAGAGAUAAAUGGACCAAAAUAUUGUAGAAUAGAGAAAAAUGAAACCAAAAUAAUGAAGAAUAGAGAAUAAUGAGGUGCUAAAAUAGAAAGAAUUGAAAAUAAAGGACCACAAAUAUAAAGAAUAGAGAAAAAUGGGCUAAAAAAUUAAAGAACACAGAAAUGAAGGACAACCCAUCCUCACCCUCUUAAAAUUUUAGAGUUUUUUGUAAGUUAUAUAGAAUGAAUUGACCAGUUGCAAGACAGUUGGUUAAAACAUGAAUGGUUGAUGCUGUUAAAAGAAAUCCAUUUUCAAACUAUAGUCUGUUUAAGACUAGAUUUGUAUACAUUUAAUUGUGAUUAUGUUAUAUAUAUAUAUAUACCUCUUGGGAUUUUCUAUUGAUGUAGUUAAUUUUUUAUGCUACUUAUUUUCUGUUUUGUUUGUUUUACAUUCCGUCCAAUAAGGAUCAUUGAUUAGAAAAUGUAGGCUAAGAACAGAAGGUCAUAAGUCAUAACAGACAGCCAACAUUGUUUUGUCAAAUAAGUCAUGUUUUACAGUACUCCCUUACAUAUGUAUGCUUUUGUGCAACUGAUAAAAUCUUAAAAAGUAUUUUGUAAGAUUUUUUUAAAGCUGCUGACUUUUGAUAUAAAAAAUGUUCAAUUGUAAUUUGUAAUCUUAUUAUGUUUGUUCUUUUAAAAGAGAAAUCUUUAUAUCUGAUGGAAUAACUUUAAAAAAAAACUUGGCCAGCUUUUAAGAAAAAUAGUUAUUUUUGAUUUUGAAUUUUAGUUAAAUCUAACUUGAAUAUAUUUACUAACUUUUUUAAAUACAAUCACAAGGCUGUCAAAUGUCUGACAAAUAUUUUCAGGUGAAUUAUUAUUAUGUCCCAGCUUACUAAAGUACAAGUAAUUGUUUUGUCUGUUUGUCUGUGUCUUUGUUAGUUUGUUUGUUCGUCCAUGUUUAAUUUGAAAUUGCAACUUCUUUAUUAUGAACUCUAUUUAAUUGAACCUUAAAUAGAAUCUUUAAGUUCUAAUGGCAUUGUGUACCUGUUAUUUUAUUUUUUUAUCCAAAUUAUUUAUUGGGUUCCCCAUCGCAAAAUAUGGACUUGUUUAUAUCUACAAAAGGGUAACCAACUUGUAUCUACAAAUAUCUGAUUUUAAUGAAACUUUGAAUACAAUCUUCCUUACAUAAUACCAUUGUUCAACCCCUAUUCUUUUUCAAUCUAAAUAAAAUGUAUUUUAGGGGUUGUAUGCAGUAAAAUAUGGAAUUUUCCUGAUCUAAACAAAUGGAGGAAAGGGGAUAUGUAUUUAUGAGCUGUGAGUAACAGCUUUGUUUAGUUUUUAAAUUGAACUCAAUGGAAAAUUAAAAGGUUAAGAAAACAGGUAAUUAGAAAUGAAAAUUUCUUCAAUUUCUUUAUAUUCAAAAGUGGUCAUAAAGUUUUUGAUAUACAGUGAAAUGAAAUUAGAUGAACUAGAAUAUUGUAUACACUUAUGUAGCUUUUGUUCUCAGAUCUGACUUUUCUUGUUUUAUAUAUUUAUUUUACAUGUGUUGCAAAUUAAAUAUAACUAAUUUACAGAAUAAUUCUUUGUUUUUAUUACAUAAAUGAUUUAAAGAUU